CGGGCCGGUAUAAUAGGGGCGCCCGGGGCGGCGGGGCGGCGCGGCCAGGCGGGGCCCGAGUGAGUGAGCAGCCGGAGCGGCCGUGCCAUGGACACCGCGCCGCGGCCGGAGCGCCGGGCGGCCGCGCGCUGUCGCCCCCUGCUGCCCGCCGCACGCUCGGGCAGGUCGGCGGGCUUCUGGAGGCCCUGGCUGGACAGCCCCGGGGACCCCCGAGGACGCGCUCAGCCCCUCGUCCCACCGGAAAUGCCCGGCGGCCCCGGGAGCAGCGGAGCCUCCGGAAAGCUUUCGCAGUACAGACACCCCGUCAGACUAUUUUGGCCAAAAUCAAAAUGUUAUGAUUACUUAUAUCAAGAAGCAGAAACUCUACUGAAAAACUUUCCAAUUCAAGCCACAAUUUCUUUUUAUGAAGAUUCUGAUAGUGAAGAUGAAAUUGAGGAGCUGAUCUGUGAGAAUGAAUCUGAUUAGUUACUGUUUAUGACAUUCAAAGCUUGUAAGACUUAAAUUUAGUGUAUAAAUGUAUCAUAAUACUUUAAAUAACUUAUUUGUACAUAAUUUAUUAAUAAAAUAAAAUAUUUUAUAA